GGUGCUCGUACCUCAUCACAGUAAAGAUGCAUUUAACGUAUUUAGCUCUGUUGUUUAUGACAGUUUUCGAAGUUGUUUUAUCAACGAGAGAAAGUAGAGAGGAUCGCAGAAAACCACCACACAUUGUACUCAUACUAGCAGACGACCUGGGAUGGAAUGACGUAGGAUGGCACAACCCGGAAGUCAAAAUGCCAGUCCUCAAUCAGCUCGCCGCAGAUGGCGUCAUAUUCAACCAAGCAUAUGUCCAGCCGACAUGUACACCAACAAGAGCUGCUCUUAUGUCAGGAUAUUACCCAUUUAAAACUGGAAAUCAGCAUCAACUUCUGCUCAACCUUCACCCUGGUGGACUACCAUUAAGGUUUAAGACAUUGCCACAGCGACUCAAAGAUGUUGGGUAUCUGACUCAUAUUGUUGGGAAAUGGCAUUUAGGAUUCUGUAAAGAAGCGUUUUUACCAACUAAUCGUGGAUUUGAUUCGUUCUAUGGUGGACUGACACUGGGUACCUCGCACUUCAGCAAAAUGAACGGAAUAUUAUCUACACCUGGGUAUGAUUUCUAUGACAACAGCGGAGUGGUACCACAAACUAACGAUUAUCUUGCGUUCAUGCUUGCUGAUAGAGCAGUAAAAAUAAUUAAUGGACACUACCAGGAAUAUCCACUAUUUAUGUACUUCAGUAUGGACGUGCCUGCAAAGUCCCCUGAGGUUCCACCAGAGUAUGAAGCGUUGUAUGCCAAUAUCACAGAUGAUCGAACAAGAAGAUUUUAUGGAAAGCUUUCUGUGAUGGACGAUGCAGUUGGCAGUGUGGUUGAUGCGUUGAAGAAACGUGAUAUGUGGGACGAUACGCUAUUGAUAUUUAUAGGUGACAAUGGGGCGUUGGCGUCGUCAUCGGGGUCAAAUUGGCCAUUACGGGGUAUUGCUGCAACGCUGUUUGAGGGCGCUACUCGCGUACCGGCAUUCAUCCAUGGAAAUAUGUUGAAGCAAACCGGAUAUGAAAAUAAUGAGUUAUGGCACAUAGUUGAUUUGCAUAAAACGAUACUCUCGUUGGCCGGGGCUGAAUCUUCAUGUGAAAUUGACGGUAUGGACAUGUGGGAUACAUUUUCGAAAAAUGAAUCAUCGCCCAGAAAUGAAAUCGUGUAUAAUAUCGAUGAUGACCCAAUAUCUCCUGGUGCCGCAAUCAGAGUCGGGGACUAUAAACUGAUUGCCGGGAAUCCGGAUCUAUUUUAUCCAUUACGAUUGAUCAACCAAUCAGAUGGUUGGUUCAAUUAUGGUGACGUACCAACUAGUGGGUUGCCAGUUUUACCAACUGGUGAUGAACCGCCCCCACCGAAUGUGACAUACUUGUUCAAUGUCAUAGAUGAUCCAGAGGAAAGAAACAACAUCGCCGACGAUCAUCCAGAGAUAGUACAAGCAUUACGUCAGCGGUUAGAUGAACACCGUAUAUAUUACAUGCCGGCGGUGAACCAAGUAUUCGACGAAGCCGGCGACCCCUCUAAUUUCGAUGGUGUCUUCUCGCCCGGGUGGUGUUAAAGAUGCAAAUACAUUUGACUAACUAACACAUGUCUAUUGUAUCGGUGUUAUUGUUUAAUAUAUAUUCGCAUGUUAUUGUUGACUGAUUUUACCUAUUUGUUCUUUAAUGUUAGUUUUGUUUGUAGUCUUGUUCAAAAUUGUUUUACGGCAUGCAUGGUCAAUCAAAGAUUUUUCAAGCAUUCAAUGGUAUAAUGUGUAUUUAUUUGGGGACGAUUUAUGGUAUUUCUGCAUGAUUGGCUAUGAAUGAGGCGUUGACAUGUUGUUACAACAAUAUAACUAAUUGUCAGAGUAUGCCUAUACGAUGUAUGAGUAUAUGUACCUGAUUCAUCUUUAUUUAUUCGACAAUAAACAAUAAUAGAAAUCA